CGAGAUGAAAUGGUUUUGGAUUAAUCCCCUCAAAAACUCUACAAUUAAAGAUGUGGCAACCAACGUGGGACACAGCACUGAUUGGAAGCAAUAUGGCGGUUCCACGAGGAAGACGAUGACAACACACGGCCGGAGACACAGCUGUAACAAUUUCCAAAGACGAGACAAACAACACACAUACAAAUACAAUACGCACUCACCACUGUGUGAAUCAAAAUCAAACCCUCAUUCACAGAACCAGAAUCUACAGAAUCAUCAUGGUGAAGAAACGCCUUCCUGAUUGGCUCAACAGCCCCAUGUGGUCUUCUCCCACAGUUACCACAUCUCCACCACCGAAAUCACGAUCCCUAUCGCCGCCGCCUCCGCCUCCUUCGUCGUCGAACGACGAUCGAUAUGGUAUCGGUAGUUACCCUUCCAAAUCUUCCUCCGUCACGUCAUCCGAUUCUUCUCUGAAUGAACCGCAUGUUCCGUUGCCACCUCCUACUUCAAUCAAACAGGAACCGACUCCGAAGACGAGAAUUAGGGAUUCAUCGACCCGUAGCGUGAACAGUGAUAACGACGUUAGUUCCUCCAUUGAAGAUGUUUCACGUCAGGCACAGUUAUUAGAAGAGCUAUCGAGGAAGAUUAUAAACAUUGGAGAACUGCGACAACUGUGUUUGUUGGGUAUUCCAGAUGCUGCUGGCAUCCGUUCCACUGUAUGGAAGUUGUUGUUGGCAUAUCUUCCAACUGAUAAAGGGCUUUGGUCAUCAGAAUUGGCUAAGAAGAGAGCUCAGUACAAACAGUUCAAAGAGAACCUUUUGAUGAAUCCAUCAGAAAUCACCAGGACAUUGGAAGUCUCUGCAUCUCUUAAAAAUGGUGAUCUAAGUGAGGGAAAAGGGUUACUGGAAAGGUCAAAAAUACCUCAUGGGGAGCAUCCAUUAAGCCUAGGGAAGACUAGCAUUUGGAACCAAUUCUUUCAGGACUCUGAGAUCAUUGAGCAGAUAGAUCGUGAUGUGAAACGAACUCAUCCAGACAUCCCUUUUUUCUCUGGGAUAAGAUAUGUGCAAGGGAUGAAUGAACUUUUGGCCCCUUUGUUCUAUGUUUUCAGAAAUGACCCUAAUGAGGAUUCUUUGGUUAAUGCUGAAGCAGAUACUUUCUUUUGCUUUGUUGAGUUAAUAAGUGGUUUUAGAGAUAAUUUUUGUCAGCAACUUGAUAAUAGUAUUGUUGGCAUUCGAUCCACAAUUUCAAGAUUAUCACAGCUUUUAAAGCAACAUGAUGAAGAGCUAUGGCGUCAUCUUGAGGUCACAACAAAAGUAAACCCACAGUUCUACGCAUUUAGAUGGAUCACACUUUUACUGACUCAGGAGUUUAACUUUUCUGAUAGUCUUCACAUUUGGGAUGCACUCUUAAGCGACCCUGAGGGACCUCAAGAGACUCUCCUUCGGGUUUGCUGUGCAAUGCUGAUUCUGGUUAGGAGGCGUUUGCUUGCUGGAGAUUUCACAGCAAAUCUCAAGUUAUUACAAAGUUACCCUUCUACAAAUGGUUUUUUUUUUGGAUGGGUAAAUUUAUAA